AUGGCGGACGCACUGCACCCUCGGCAACCACAUGCGAGCCUCACUGGCCUGUCAUGGAGGGAGACCUUCGAGGCUAACUUCAAGAGGGUCUGUCAGUCAUUCUGGCUCCGUUUACAAGCAUGGGUACACCAGACAACCUCCCACAUUUCCCCCAGGAGCCUGGCGGCAAUGGAGACUGCCCUCCCUUCACCAGGGUGGAGGGCCCAUUCAGAGAUGAAGCCAGCCCGACGCCCUCAAGCUAAAGGGUCUCUCCUUGAAGCGUCUCCCAAGUCAGACCCACAAUGA